AUGAAAAGAAAAAGGAGUUCAACAGCCUCUGAUGCCCAAAAUGGCGACAAGGAAGCAGUGGAUGUUGCCAAUGAAGGAAUUCGAAGCAUAACAGAUCUCCCAGAACCCGUCUUUCUCACAAUUCUGCUUCAACUUCCCCUGAAGACAAUUCUCAUUUGCAGGUGGGUAUGCAAACCUUGGCGCAAUCGUAUAUCCAGUUCUGAAUUUGCUAAGUUGUACUCUAGAAAAGCACGUGCUUGUCUCCUGAUUCGAACCAAUGAUCCUAAACGCGUUUCAAGAACCAUCCACCUUCUUGAGCUUGAACAUGAAAAUUUCGAUCUGGGGUGUUCAUUUUGUGAUGCCGGUUGCCCUCAGUGUGACCUUCAUGUAAACAUGGAACUUGACACCAAAUUUAAGCUUCCAUUACGUGAUGCCAAGAUGGCACUCAACAGCACAGAUGAUGCCAGUGCCAGUGUGAAGCUUAAUCCUAAAGGUGGAGUAAGCAAGAAGAAGUGUUUCAUUGCCUCAAAAAACCCCAAAGACCACAAGUUUGGCAUAGUGAACCCGUGUGAAGGGUUGCUUUGCUUGUCUGAACCCAAACAAAACAACCCUGUUGUUGUAUGCAAUCCAAUGACUGGAGAAUUUAUCAAACUUCCAGAAGCAAGCAAGGUUGAGAAACCUAGAGAGAAGAUUGAUUCUUGUCUGGGCUUCAGUCCAAGAACUAAACAAUAUAAGGUGAUAAGAAUUUUCACUCAACAGAUUUGUGAUCCCAUUAGUGGGAGGAAAGAGUAUGGCGAUAAGGUGGCUGAGAUACACACACUUGGGACUAGAUCGUGGAGAAGUGUGGCAUUUGCUCCCUUCAUGCUAUAUGGAAUAAAAUUUCCCACCUACCUGAAUGGAGCAGUUCAUUGGUUUCGACCUGAAUUCACUAAGGCAGAUUUCAAAAUUGUUUCUUUUGACGUUUAUAAUGAGCAAUUCCAAUUAAUUCCAGCUCCCCCACUUAAGUAUAACUUCUUUGGUGGAAAGGAUAUAAAGCUCAUAAGCAUGGGUGUUUUAAAUGGUCAUCUCUGCAUAUGCGAUGCUGCUGAGUUUGGCCGUGUUUGCAUAUGGGCGAUGAAGAAGCAUGGGGUCCGAGAAUCUUGGAGUAAAGUGUUUUCUAUUGAUACUGAGACUGAACAACGAUGGCCUCAAGGUUUAUAUCAUCCAUUGAAGAAGUUUAAGAAUGGAGCAAUACUGAUGUACCAUGCUCGCAACUGCCUGCUUUAUUAUGACCCUUCAAGAGAAGAACACAAGUAUUUUAAGAUUCGUGGAAGUGAAUCAAAAUUUGAGGCAGUUGUUUGUAUUCCAAGCCUCAGGUCGCUCAAGGAUGCUGUGAUGGGAGACAAUGUAGAGGUGCUGAAUGUCAAAUCAAGGUAA